UUACAAACACUUUAUCUUGCUCAGUCCCUCCCAACUACUGAUUCGUCAGGAAAGAAGCAUGGUUUCGAUUUCAGUUCUCUUUAUCUCAACUUGGGUUUGGGUGGCUGUUACUUUGCAACUUCUAACAGUGGCUGUUUCAAGCAGCCUGGAGCAGGAGGAAGUCCAGCGAUUGAGCCUAGUGGGCUGAGAACUCGUCCCUGCUGCCGAGCCAGCGCCGGAGUGCUGUGGCAUCUUCGUCAACCAUGGAGGCACCCAUUUGUCUGGUGCAGAACUGGCAAGAGCAGCUGACACUAAACCCGGAGGCCCUAAGGAUUCUUGAGAAGAUAUCUCAGCCUCUGGUGGUGGUGGCCAUUGUUGGCUUAUAUCGUACAGGGAAGUCCUACCUCAUGAACCGUCUUGCAGGACAGAACCAUGGCUUUUCCUUGGGUUCCACAGUGCAAUCUGAAACCAAGGGCAUCUGGAUGUGGUGUGUGCCCCACCCCACCAAGCCAAACCAUACCCUGGUCCUUCUGGACACAGAGGGCCUUGGUGACAUAGAAAAGGGUGACCCUAAGAAUGACUGCUGGAUCUUUGCCCUGGCCGUGCUUCUAAGUAGCACCUUUGUCUACAACAGCAUGAGCACCAUCAACCACCAGGCCCUGGAGCAGCUACACUAUGUGACUGAAUUAACACAGCUAAUCCGGGCAAAAUCCAGCCCCAGAGAGGAUGAAGUAGAGGACUCUAGUGAAUUCGUGGGUUUCUUUCCAGACUUUGUCUGGGCUGUUCGGGAUUUCAUUUUGGAGCUGAAGUUAGAUGGACGCAUCAUCACAGCAGAUGAGUACCUGGAGAAUGCCCUGAAGCUGAUUCCAGGAAACAAUCCCAGAGUCCAAAAAUCCAACAUGACAAGAGAAUGUAUCAGAUAUUUCUUUCCAGUACGGAGAUGCUUUGUCUUUGACCGGCCCACAAGUGACAAAAAUUUAUUAUUACAAAUUGAAAAAGUUCCAGAACACCAACUGGAAUGGAAUUUCCAGGUUGAAUUGAAAAAAUUCUGUUCCUACAUCUUCACCAAUGCAAAGACGAAGACCCUGAGAGGGGGAAUUAUUGUCACAGGAAAUCGACUGGGAACUCUGGUGCAGACCUAUGUGGAUGCCAUCCAUAGUGGAACUGUACCUUGUUUGGAGAAUGCAGUGAUGACCCUGGCCCAGCGUGAGAACUCUGCAGCUGUGCAGAAGGCAGCUGACUACUACAAUGAACAGAUGGUCCAGCAACUGAAGCUCCCCACAGACACGCUCCAGGAGCUGCUGGAUGUGCACACAGCCUGUGAGAAGGAAGCCAUUGCUGUCUUCAUGGAGCACUCUUUCAAGGAUGAUGAGCAAGAGUUCCAGAGGAGGCUGGUGGCUGCCAUAGAAGAAAGGAAGGAAGCUUUUAUACAACAGAAUGAAUCAGCAUCUCUCAGUCACUGCCAGGCUGAGCUGGAGAAGCUGGCAGAGCCCCUGAGGGAGAGUGUCUCAAGUGGAGCUUUUUCUGUGCCUGGUGGGCACAGCCUGUACAUAGAGGCCAGGGAGAAGGUUGAGCAGGGCUAUGAGCAAGUGCCCAGGAAGGGAGUGAAGGCAAAAGAGGUUCUCAAGAGCUUCCUACAGUCACAGGCUAUUGUAGAGAACUCGAUCCUGAAGUCAGACAAAGCCCUUACAGAUGGACAGAGGGCCAUAGCAGCUGAGCGGACAAAGAGGGAGGUGGCUGAGAAGGAACGAGAGCUGCUGAGACAGAAAGAGAAAGAGCAAGAGCAAGUGAUGGAAGCUCAAGAGAGAAGCUUCCGAGAAAACAUCGCUAAACUUCAGGAGAAGAUGGAGAGGGAAAGGGAGAUGCUUCUGAGAGAGCAAGAGAAGAUGCUGGAGCACAAGCUAAAGGUCCAAGAAGAACUGCUUGUGGAAGGAUUCAGAAAGAAAUCUGAAAUGUUAACGAAUGAAAUAAGUCUACUAAGGGAAGAGAUUGAGACAACUAGAAGGAAACCCUCACUGUUUGCACAAGUCCUUGACACAGUUGGCGAUGCAUUCAUGAUGGUUUUACCAGGAGUUGGUAAAAUAUGUGGUGCAGGGCUGAAAGCUCUCAGCUCACUUAUGAAGUAGUCUGAGAGUUCCUGGGGAGGAAUUAAUAAAAACUAGCCUUCUAUUACUUUGAUACCGCAA